GCGCCCGGUACGGUGCAGGCGGCCCGGUACAGCCCGGGCUGCCCCGGCGACUGCCGAGCCGCCGCCUGCCGCGCCCUGCGGGCCGCCCUGCAGCACCCCGCAGAAGACAUAAAAAACAGGGAGAGGUGGAGGCUCCCAUCCUUCUUGAAGUGCAUUUCUUGGAACCAAAGGAGCUGGAGAAAAGAUCAUGAAGCAAAAGCUGAAAACAACAUUCAUGAAGGUGACCUGCAGGACCCUGAGGAAGAAGUGGCUCUGGCCAGCCUUUCCCCCAACGGAAACUGCGAAGAAACUGCUGGAGGCACAGGCACCUAGAGCUGCUGGGCAUCCAACACAGUCCACAUCCCAGAUCUGCCCAGUGGAUUUGAUGCAGUGGGAGGAGGAGCUGGUGCAGGCCCUCUCCUUCAAGGACACACACCUCCAGGAAAAAGCUGCUUGGCUGAACUCAUCAGGGUCUUUUGUAGCUGCCACCAGUCCCUGGGGUCUGUGCCAGAGAGCCAUUCCCUGCUGUGCCCUGCUGCCCUGGGGCACCUGGAGCUGCUGCUGGACACUGGGCUUCAGAGAAGCCCUUCGGGGAUGUACCCCACAUCCUGGGCAAAAUGACAUUGGGACUUCGAGUGUGAAAUGCAGACACCUGUUUGAAGAAUGAGAAAUGUUUUCUAAUUCUGAACAAAGUUCCCUGCUGAGGUUGCUGGGGCUGGCCUCCCUGUCAGACCGAUUCUUCUGCCUUGUUUUCCUGCUUUAUUGGUGCUUGGAAGAGCCAAUAAAACCCCUGCAAGAGACUGGUGCAAGUGGAUGAACUGCCCAGGCUUUAAGAGGUGUAAGCAAGAAUACAUUUGACCAAAAGUAUUGUUUUCCUUUGACUGAAGAAUAAAAGUGACUUGAAUUACUUUUU